AUGGCGGAGGAUCUGCCCAACAUUUGGGCUAAGCUUUCAUUAUCUGAAGGUGAGGAAGCAGAGGUGGAGAUUCAAGCUGGGGAUGUGACAAAGGUGAUUAACCGUGGACAAUUGUGCAUUGUGGGGAAACUCAUGUCGGAGCGAGUAGUAAGCAAGGAGUCUAUCAAAACUACGCUUAAACGAUGGUGGCGACUUACUGGAACUAUGUCUUUCAAAGUUAUAGGAGGGAACCUUUUUUUGAUUGAAUUUGAGAAAGCCAACGAUAAGAUGCGAGUCUUAGAAGGAAGACCCUGGGUGUUUGAAGGCAAUCUUUUCUUGGUGGAAGACUUCGAUGGCAGAUCAUCGCCCACAGAUAUCCGCUUUGACAAAGCUGCUUUCUGGGUGCGAAUGAUGAAGUUACCGCUGGCUUGCAUGAGCAGAGAAGUUGGACUAAAACUGGGAAGCUCAGUUGGGACCGUUGAGGAGGUGGACACGGACGGAGACGGAAUUGGGUGGGGGGAAUUCCUUCGAGUGAAGAUCUGGAUUGAACUGAACAAGCCUCUCCCCCGAGGCCGGAUGCUGAGAUAUGAAGGGAAAUCUCAUCUGAUUGGUUUCCAAUAUGAAAGGUUACCCAAAUUCUGUUUUCACUGUGGAAUAAUAUGUGAUGGGCCAGAGGGAUGUUUGAAGAGGAAAACUAUGAGAAACCAGGAGGGUUUCACCCAGUUUGGACCAUAG